AUGGCCCUCGAGAAGGUGCAUCAGAAACCUUCAGAUAGGGCUUAUGUGACGUUUUUGGCAGGUAAUGGAGACUACGUGAAGGGAGUGGUGGGAUUAGCAAAGGGUUUGCGUAAGGUUAAAAGUGCUUACCCUCUUGUUGUUGCUAUGUUACCUGACGUCCCUAAGGAACAUAGAGAGAUCUUGAGGUCGCAGGGCUGUAUAGUGCGUGAGAUCGAGCCUGUUCAUCCUCCAGACAACCAAGUUGAGUUUGCCAUGGCUUAUUACGUUCUUAACUACUCAAAGCUACGUAUUUGGAACUUUGAAGAGUACAGCAAGAUGAUUUACAUGGACGCAGAUAUUCAAGUUUUUGACAAUAUCGAUGACCUAUUCGAAUUGCCUGAUGGGUAUUUUUAUGCCGUGAUGGAUUGUUUCUGUGAGAAAACAUGGAGCCACUCAUUACAGUACUCAAUAGGUUACUGUCAACAGUGUCCGGAUAAAGUCGCUUGGCCAGAAGAUAUGAAAUCUCCUCCUCCUCUGUACUUCAACGCCGGUAUGUUUGUGUUUGUACCAAGCCCUUUGACUUACGAGAGCCUCCUUCAAACCCUGAAGAUCACACCGCCUUCACCGUUCGCUGAACAAGAUUUUCUGAAUAUGUUCUUUGAGAAAGUUUACAAACCAAUUCCUCUGGUUUACAAUCUGGUCCUUGCUAUGCUUUGGCGUCACCCCGAGAAUGUGGAGCUGGAGAAAAUCAAAGUUGUUCACUACUGUGCAGCUGGAUCUAAGCCAUGGAGAUACAGAGGAGAAGAGACCAACAUGGACAGAGAAGACAUCAAGAUGUUAGUUAAUCAAUGGUGGGAUGUAUAUAAUGAUGAAACUCUCGAUUUUAAGCCUGAAAUUACACACUUCCGUGCACCUUCCGCUGAUUUAGAUGUCUGA